AUGGUAGACAAGUUUCUUACCUAUAUGGAAAAAGAUAAUGCCACAUUUGCGCAAUCGUGUGAUGAUCAAGGAUGGGGGCCGUACAAAAUCAAAAAUUGGCAUAAUGCUGACGACACAGUUGUAUGCAAAAUGAUGGUGCCGGCAUUAUUUUUCAUGAAUGGCUGGGGGACGAGUGCAGACGGGGGAUACGAUGCUUCGGCAGUAGGAGACCCAUUACAGACAUAUAUCAGGUGCAUAAUUGCGAAUGUAAUUAUGUUCCAGUUGAUAAGAGCAAACUGUGGGAGAAAUCAAGGUAUACGACAGGCAUUGUACAUAUUACAAAACUUGAUGACCAGUGUUCAUAGUGGUGUUAAUGUUAAGACGUGCACCUGGGUGGUUAGUAAUGAGCUGAAAGUAGGAGGAAAAGUAAUAGGCGCACAAUUUGAUGAAUGGAUAAUGGGCAAUGAAAAAAUGCAGGCCAAGAUGAACAAGUUACAGCAACGUGUAAAAUGCAAAAGAACGGGGAGACAGACAUCUGACCACUGGAAGCGACGUAUGGAAUUAUUGAAAGAAGGAAAAUUGCGGGAGGCCAUGGAGACAGAAAUGACGCGUAUAUUAAAGAAAGUAGGGAAGAAAGUAGAGCCAAUAUGGGGGCCAGUUCCUUCCGACGACGACGAUGAGGACGAAGAUGAGGAUGCACAAGAGGAGGACACGAAUGGAAGUGCGAAGCCGGUGGCUAAACCACCUGUAGUUAACGAAUCACCCAAGGAUGCAGACCCUGCUAAGACAGAAGACCAACAUGCAGGUAAGAAAAGUACUUGUACCAAGAAUGUGACCGAGUCCCACGGAGGGCAAUCAGGCCGCGGGCAAUAUGCUGAUCCCAUUGAUGACCACAGAGGAGGUACAGGUGGCUCCUCAGUAUCUUUCACUGUUGCCGUCACCACGCCCGAAUGUUCAGACCCAGGAACUGCAGUAACAGUCCCUGAGCCACCACCAAAACCAGAACCAGAACCAGAACCAGAACCGGAAGCGCCGGCACCGUCCAAUGCAGGUGCUACAGGACCAUCAUCAGAAACAACAACAGCAUCGCCUGAAGCAGCGACACCAUCAACACCAACAGACACACCAUCAAAAGGAACACCAGGGCACGGUAAAACGAGUGACAAGAAAGAUGGCGCUCCGGACGGCGAUGGCGGCAACGAUGACCCCCCUCCUCUCAAUCCACCGCCACCAAAACCGAACCCGAACCCGGAUCAAUCGGGUAGUAGUGGCAGUUUCAGUGACGCUGAUUUGGCGGAUGGAGUUUCUGGCGGGGAAGGAAAAGCAGGUGGCGAUGGAGCAGGUUCCUCUGGUACUGGUUCUACUGGUCCCCCAAACGCCGGUUCAUCUGGUCCAACUUCUGCGGGGACAGGAGCAACUGGGACUCAUGGUGCCGGUUCCCCUCCUUCCGGUGGCCAGACUCCAGAAACCAAAGACCAACCUCUUCCUAUCCUCCCUACGUCUCCGAAAACCUUCGACCCCAAGGAUCUCAUCCCGUACACCCCCGCGAUCAUUCCCGCGGUGGUUGGUAUUGGGCUCAUUGCGUUCUUCCUAUGGAAGUACUUUGCGUACCUCGGACAAACACGACGACGAACGUAUCGAACCGUUCGUGACGUGCCGUCACCUCCACUCGCCGAAGAAAUUCUAGACCAUCUACAACGCGGCGACCUGCCGCCACCCGAUUACGGGUACACGACGAUUAGGGAUAGGCGGCCCGCAUCUGCUGCCGAACGCCGCGGACAACGCUCACCACGCGUGCAUAAGCGCACGAUCAUCGAGCUACACUUAGAAGUGCUCAACGAAUGUGAAGCGGCCGAAUGGGAAAACGUCAAAGACGACUAUUUGCAGAUUGUCGUGCAGGAGUUUGAGCAGGAGUUGAUGCGGGACGGAAACGGGUAUAGUAGUUUCCCGGAUGCUCCUAGCACACACCAGGGUUUAUCAGGGACCAAUGUUGCAUCCACCGUGGACCCACCCACUGAUUCCGACGGAACGGAUGCAUGUUCACCGCAUGACCCCGAUCCGUGGCGUUGUAUGGAAACCAUAGAGUUAGCAACGGACCCUUGUCCACCUAAUGACCCCGAUCCAUGGCGUUGUAUGGAAACCAUACAGUUACCAACGGACCCUUGUCGACCUCAUGAGCCCGAUCCUUGGAGUUGUAUGGAAAACAUACAGUUAGCAACGAACCCUUGUCGCCCUAACGAAGAGGACCGAUGGAGUUGUAUGGAAAGUAUGCCGUUAGCAACGGACCCUUGUCCACCGAAUGAACAGGACCGAUGGCAUUGUAUGGAAACUAUACAGUUCGAUGCAGAACAGAGUCGUGCUCAUUCCGACCACGGUGACGCGACGUCGUACUGCACCCACUGGAUUAACUGGAUUGACCGCCACCAACAUAUGUUGCGGGCGUGCACGACGCAGCCGUGGUUUUUGCAAUUAAAAGCGGACUGGAAACAAUAUCAGCGUGCACACAUGGCGGCAAACGAGGACAACGGAGUAUGCGGUCAUAGUGAAUUCGGUGAUGCGGCAACCAUGGAACGGAAGAAAUUGGAUGCAUGGAAAGAAUGGGUCGCGCAGCAACAUGGGCACAUGCGUAUGUAUAACGCGCAGGAGUGGUUUCAACGUUUGUUGAAUAAUGUAGCGGAGGAGACAGUACCGGCAAAAGCCGAAGUACCUGGAGUGGACACACACUUCAAAAUGGAACAAGUAAUGGCCGCAGAAGACUUGCUACAAGUGCGAGCUGUACCGCGGUCGCAACCACUGCAUCCGCAACUGUACAUGAAAAAACCGUUAACCGCACAAACAUGGAUACUGCUCCUGGCAUUAGUCAUAGAACAGUGCGACGUCGACUGUCGUUUGAAGGAGAAGGAGUUAUAUGUGGAUGCCCUAUUGCACAAGCUCUGA